ACCAGAGGGCAUCAUCAACCAAGAAGCCAACAAAGGGAUAUUAUCUGAUCCGAAACUCAAAGCAGCCCUCUGCUCAAAUCCAAUCCUCUGCUUCUCACCAUUUCUUACACACAAACUCCUCUUCCCUUCUCCCUUCUCCCUUCUCCCUUCUCGCAGUGGACCUAAUCUCAAAAACCCAAUCUCUUACAAAAACUAAACGCUGCUAAUUACCUUGCGCACCACAACACAACACAAGCAUCAUAAUUGUCAUGUCAGCACCCCCUCCACCGCCACCACCGCACCAAAUACACAUAACCCCCAAACCCACCACCACUUUCCCUGACCUCUUCCUCACAGCACUCUCCAUUCUCUUCCUCUUCUCCUCCUCCUCCUCCACCACCACCUUAACCUCCUUCCCCAAACCCCACUUCCCCAAACUCCCUUUUCUCUCCUUCCCAUCAAGCCCUCGUAGAUUCCUGAAAAUUCCCUCCAUGUCUGUCUCUAGAAAGACGAAAAACAGCCACCAUUUCUCUACCCCACAAUCUCUCUCUGAUUGGCUCAAACCUCGCCUACCAUCGGACUCCUUUGCCUCAUGGGGUAUCAAACCAGGCACCAAAAAUAUCCACAAUCUCUGGCUCGAAAUCUCUCAAGGUGAGACCUUUUUAGCUGACUCUACUCCUCCAAUUCGCACAGUUAAUGUAGUUACUGUUAAAAUCAUCAACAAGAAUCAAACUUUGAUUGAAUCCCAUCAAGAAUUAUCCGAUGGCAGUGUUAGAAAUAGGUGCAGACCUUUAUCAGAGAAAAUGAAGCCUAACGAGUCUUUUAAAGAUGCAAUCUUUCGUGCUAUAAAUGAAGAACUCGGUUCAAUCUUGAAGGAUGGUAAUGAAGUUAGUAUUAAUAUUGUGAAUGGUUCUUACAAAGAGAAAGUUGAGGAGAGAAAUUCAAUGUCUUAUCCGGGCUUGCCGGCACGGUAUGUGUUGUAUUCAGCGGAUGUAGAAGUGAAUGGAUUGCCUGAUGGAGAGUUUUGUACUGAAGAGGCUGAAGAGUAUCCUGAUUCGGAGGAGAAGAGGGUUGCUGAGAAAGCUGUGUCUGUUAAGAAGCAUUUUUGGAAAUGGGUUAGUUCUGAUUCAGUUCAUUCUUGAUGGAUUAUCAGUUUUAGUUUUUGAAUGGCAAUUGAGGUCAGCUUGUUAUUUUUUGAACACGAUCCGAUAAUGGUUCUUAUUGUCGAUCAUGUUGUUUUGAGACAAAUGAGAUGAUGAAUAGCAAUAUUAUACUAGUCUUAGUUUUUUAUGAAGUAUUGUUAUUAUUUAGUUUACGGGAUUGAUAUGAAUAUCAGAUAUUACAAGAUUCAUUUUGAAUUGAUAUGAUUCUUUUUUUA